GAAGCUGGAAUAUAAUGCGUGGGAUUGAGACGUGUACUAACAAAAACAACAUAACAAAAUGGCAAAAACAAAGCUCAGGUUAAGAAAUUCCGAAUAUUCAUCCGUUUCCUGAUCAGCUACAAGAAAGGGACGUCGACUUUGGGCAUUAAUGAGAAUGCUUUGAAAGUAUCAAGCAUUUGUUUGCAGUGUGUGUCUUCACUUCUAGAGUCAAGAUUCAGGCUACCUUUCUCCUCCCUUGUUGCUAGCUAAGUCACUUGUUCCCUUUCAUUAUUUCUCUUCAACAAAGAAACAUUACCUCCAACGAUUCGUGAUUGCAGAGACUUGGGAAAAACAGAGGAGAAACGAUCUCCUAAUUAAUGGCGCAUCGUUCCCACGUGCCAAAGUUCGGGAAUUGGGACGCCGACGAUGAGCAGUACACAGCAUACUUCGAGACUGCACGCAGAGAGAAAGACUUGAAUUCGCUGACGAUGGUUAACCCAAACGACCCAGAGCAAAACCCAAAGGCCUUCAAUUUCUUGACGGGAGCCACCGCCACCACCGGAGGAAGCGACGGCUCCCUCUCCCGCAAUUCGAACAGCUCGUUGGGAAGAAGCAGCCGUAGAAGGAACCCUCCUCAUCAGAGGAGCAGGGAAAGCUAUGGGAGCUUCACACCAGAGUCUGUGAGCUCGAGAAGUAACCAUUCCGAUCACCCUGUGUUGCAGAGACGCGAGAACAAAAGGAGCAUAUCAAAAGGAGGUAGUGUUGGUCGUACCGGUAGCUUCUCUUCCUCAAGCCAUCAUCGACGGGGAGUGGAAGCCAUUCUUCUCGUGACUCCGAAGUAA